AUGACCACAUCUCUUCCAUUUCAUCUGUUGAACGCUUUCGUAGUGGAAUCAAAUCUACACAGCGGUAAUCAAGCGUCCGUAGUCAUUUUCCCCGAUUCGAAUGAUGUUAGAUCCAAAGAUGAUAAGUGGAUGACGCUAGUAGCUAGAGAUUUCAAUUACUCAGAAACGGCAUAUGUGGUACCUAUAUCACUCGAUGAAGAUGGUAAGGAUGGUAAGUGGUAUUUGAGAUGGUUCACACCUGAAACAGAAAUUGAAUUAUGUGGUCAUGCGACAUUAGCUACUUCUCAAACGCUAUUUCUUCAAUAUCCGAAUCUUGAAAGAAUCGAAUUCGAAACCAAAUGGAGUGGUACAUUGACUGCUUCCAAAGUUGGCGAAAAACAAGUAGAAAUCUCGUUACCUGGUUUAUCUAAAGAAACACUUUCAAAAUGUGGGAUAAGAGGUAAUGAAGAUGAAAUCAAACUUUUAUCAAAAUCACUGGGGGUUGAAUCGGGUGGUAUUUUGGGUGUAUCAGAUUGUUUAUUCAGUAGUAGAAGAAGUUUGAUCAUUCAAUUAGAUGAAAGUGUGGAUGUGGAAGGUUUAAAAGUUAACCAUAAAGGUUUAGCUGCAGUCGCAGAUUCGAUGGUAGUCACUCAGGUUGAUUCAUCCAGAUCUACUUCAAAGGAAUUACAUAUCAAUUCAAGGGUAUUUGGACCCGGUUUAGGAAUCGAUGAAGAUCCAGUAACAGGUUCAAGUCAUGCUUAUUUAGCAGGAUACUAUUUAGCUUCACCAGCAUAUAAAUACCUUCCAAAGGAAUUACGUGAAGAUGAUACCUUUCAGAUCACUAUUAUAGGACAUCAACUGAGUUCAAGAGGGGGUGAAUUACAUUUGAGAUUAGAUGAUGGGAAAGUAAAGAUUAUAGGUGAAGCUUUUGAGUUUGGCACAGGUACUUUAAACGCGUAA